AUGGCCAUGUCAUGCUCCAACAGAAACAAGAAAGAGAACAUAGUUCAAGGAAUCAUAGAGGAGGACAAACUGGUGACCUUCAAUAUGCCGUAUUAUGCACCUUCCAUGGAAGAAGUAAAGGCAGUGAUCCAUUGGGAAGACCUGUUUGAUUUAGAACAAGCACAGAUCUUUGAGACUAAUUGGGACCCGUUUGAUGACUCGGAUGAUGAUUCCGCUGCAUUCGACAGUAUAGCAAGCGGAAAGAACGUCGCAGGAUAUGUGAGAGCAGCGUUUCAACCCUUGAUUGAAGAGCAUUUCGGGGAUGCCAUACUGGAUGAGUUAUUCUCUAUAUAUACAGCCAAUGUCUCCAGGCAUCUCCGUCAACAGAAAAGUAAGCACUACCUAUUUGUCAUUUCCUUGAAGAAGAAGGAGGAGAAAAAGGAGGAGGCUGACGGCAAUGCUGCUGCUGCUGCUUGGUGA